CAUAUAACCAUUUCCAACAAUUCAUAUACCUUACAAUUUUGGCAAUUGUAAAUUCUUAUUAGAGUUCCUCUACUGUUUUUUUGAAGAGCAGGGCUCACGCGACCAGGCAAAGUGAGGCCAAACUUCGCUCUGACCAGACUGACUUCGCCUUACCAGUCACCGUAAGGCGAAAUCUGUGUCGCCUUUUUAAAAAUAAUCAUCACUUGCAAUGUACACAUCACGGAUGAAUGGUGAAGAACUUGAGGAACACCUUUUCAUAGAUAAUAAUUAAGUGUGAAGUGUCUGAGAGUUUGAAGAGAGACUGGCGCCACAAAAUCAUGCGACAGGCUCACAGAUAGACGGUCUAGCACCGUGUCUGGCACUAAUAGAUGACCUAAACGUGCUACUGACUGUUGAAGCGUAUUGUCAGGCGAAUGUGCUGGAAAUUGUACAAGGGUGGGGAUCUAGACUAUGGCGAGUUAAUUUUUUUAGGGAGUUUGGAUCAUGCUCCACCAGAAAAUACAUUGAAAAAAAAAAUUCGUUUGGAGCAGCAGACCUCGACGUGAAAAGAAAUGCGCGGAAUAAUUAACUAGUUUUACGUAGACUUUGUCAUAAUGAAUACAUUCAACAUACAAAGCAGAUGUCGAAAUUAUAAAAUCCUACAGGCAAACCUGUCCUAGCGGAUUUGUAAUGUAUAUGCACUCAUAAUAAGCGGUGACCUGUCUUACACGAAUCCAGGAUAAAACCCCACUGGAAAAAAACCCACCCAGACAUAACCCCACUGGAAAAAACCCCACUCUGACAUAACCCCAUCAAUAAAUGAGAAAAAUGGACAAAACCCCACUGUGAAAUAAAGUUGAAAUUUCUGUUUUGGAAGAAUAAAAUUAUAAAUAAAAUUCACAAAAUAGAUUAUGAUAAAGAAUAAAGUUUACAUUUGUAUUUUGAUCAGUCAAGUGUUGCACUGAUUGCAUUGAUCUCCAUGACAAAGGAUUAUCUGAACUUUGUGAUCAAGAGAUUAAGGAGGCCAGGUUUUCUUCUAAGAGAUCAAGGAAAUCAUGGAUUUAGGGCUUCCCAUUGUUGAUUGGGUAUGUCAUAAAUUCUACAUCAGAUGGACCCCUUAUAAGGUUGAAGAAUACUACGUCAGUAUUCAUUUCCUGAGAACUGUAAAUACAACUAUGGAAGUUAUCAAGAACAACAAGGGUGGUCUCAAGCUAAUUCACGAAGGCUACUUGUAUACUAAGAGGUAUGCCAGGAAGAAUAUUCGAUGGGAGUGUUCCAGCAGAGCUGCAUUUACUUGUGAAGGCGGUGUGACUUCAGACCUGGAGAUAAAGACCAUCGUUAGUUUCACACAACAUAGCCAUGAUCCACAGGAUCAGUCUGUAGCAGUGGCAAAGCUGCGUUCAGCCAUGAAGGAGCGUGCUGGCACAUCACGUGGUACACUUACUCAGCUCCUAGUCGAUUCCAUCAGUGACACACCUGUAGAUGUACGCGCAGAACUCGGUAAACCUGAUCACAUCAAACGUGCACUGCGUCGAGAACGGGCUAAACAUAUGCCCAAGAACCCCACUUCGCUCCGUGAUCUCAAGCUAGAUGAUGAAUGGACCACUUCAAGUGAUGGAGACAGAUUUCUCAUAUAUGACAACGGUGUGGAUUCCUCUGAUCGUAUGUUAGUGUUCGGGACUGAUGACGGAUUACGUCACCUUGCCAGUUCUGAGUCAUGGUUUAUGGAUGGAACAUUCACUGUUGCUCCACUGUUGUUUACUCAGCUGUAUGUGAUUCGUGUUCCACUCGGUGAGUCAGCUGUGACGUGUGUGUAUGCAUUUCUACCAAACAAGCACCAAUCCACAUAUGAGGAACUAUUCAUAUCAAUUCAGGAUCGCUGCAGCGAGCUAGGAUUCCAGGCUGAUCCUGUAACUGUCACCCUCGACUUUGAACAAGCUGUGAUGAAUGCAGUAAUAACAACCUUUGGUCCACAAGUCAAUGUUCAUGGAUGCUUCUACCAUCUUACGCAGAGCACGUGGAGGAAAAUACAGAGUCUCGGCCUUGUUCAACGCUAUCGGGAAGAGAAGGAUGUUAAGCUUUUCUGUGGUAUGCUUGAUGGACUGGCAUUCCUACCAGUUAAUGAUGUACCAGAGGGGAUGACCUAUCUGCGUGACAACACCCCUGAUGGGCUGGAACCCUUGCUCGUGUAUUUUGACAGCACUUAUGUGUCAGGAUCUUAUCGCCGUAUUCAGCCUCCUCAACGAUCAGAUGGAUCUGUACCUCCUCUUCGUAUGCGCCGUAUUCCCCCUGCGUACGCACCAUCCAUCUGGAAUGUGCACACCAUCACAUUGAAAGGUGGAUCCAGAACCAAUAACAUAUGUGAGGGGUGGAACAAUUCCUUUGCGAAACUAGUUGGACAUGCCCACCCAACCAUCUGGAGAGCCAUAGACAGCAUUCGGAAGGAUCAAACCCAGGCUGCUACUGCACGACUUAUGGAUGAGCGUGGUGAACGACCUGCAAAACGGGUACGACACCACAUAAAGAAGCUGCAGACGAAGCUCCAUAACCUCUGCACUGACAGACGGGAUGACAUCAAGUCCAUUUCGGAAGUUCUGAAAGGCAUCGGCCACUGUGUGAGGUGGAAGUAGGCUAGAUUACACUUGUUUCAAUAAAAAAUAAAUACUGUA